AGGGGUGGGGACAAAGGGCGAGAGGAAAUCCUAAGGAAAUGUGUGGGAUCUCGCUCGGUGUUUCCAAGUAGCCUGGGUAUUAUUGACAAACUAUUUUCAUUGUGUAACGGUAGUUUGUAGUGCAUACCGAUCGUCCGAUACAAACACGGGUGUUGUGACCGACAACUAAGGGGGGGAAGAGGGGAAGCCAUAGGUUAAAAUGUCGAUUCAGUACGAGGUGGAACAGCUGGCUGACAGCUACGGGGUUGCGGACUCGUUCCCCAAAGAUUUCGGUUAUGGUGAAGAGGAGGCCGACAUUGAGGACAACCCGGCGCCGUCCGACAGCAAACCGAGAAUCCUGCUCAUGGGCUUGAGAAGAAGUGGCAAAUCAUCCAUACAGAAGGUGGUGUUCCACAAAAUGUCUCCCAAUGAGACUUUGUUCCUGGAGAGCACCAACAAGAUCUACAAGGACGACAUCUCCAGCAGCUCCUUUGUCAACUUCCAGAUCUGGGACUUCCCGGGUCAGGUGGACUUCUUCGACCCCACCUUUGACUACGAGAUGAUCUUCAGAGGAACCGGAGCUUUGAUAUUCGUCAUCGACGCUCAGGAUGAUUAUGUGGAGGCCCUGAGCAGGCUUCACCUCACAGUGUCGCGGGCCUACCGGAUCAAUCCAGAGAUCAACUUCGAGGUGUUCAUCCACAAGGUGGACGGACUCUCGGACGAUCACAAGAUCGAGACCCAGAGAGACAUCCAUCAGAGAGCCAAUGACGAUCUGGCGGACGCUAGUUUAGAAAAGCUGCAUCUCAGCUUUUACUUGACAAGUAUUUACGACCACUCCAUCUUCGAGGCCUUCAGCAAAGUGGUGCAGAAGCUCAUCCCUCAGCUCCCCACUCUGGAGAACCUGCUAAACAUCUUCAUUUCUAAUUCAGGGAUAGAGAAGGCGUUUCUGUUCGACGUGGUCAGUAAGAUCUACAUCGCCACAGACAGCUCUCCUGUCGACAUGCAGUCCUAUGAACUGUGCUGCGAUAUGAUCGACGUGGUCAUUGACGUCUCCUGCAUCUACGGUCUGAGGGAGGACGGCAGCGGCAGUGCCUACGACAAGGAGUCCAUGGCCAUCAUCAAGCUCAACAACACCACUGUGCUCUACCUGAAAGAGGUCACCAAGUUCCUGGCCCUUGUCUGCAUCCUGCGAGAGGAAAGCUUCGAGCGCAAAGGAUUAAUAGACUACAACUUCCACUGUUUCCGGAAGGCCAUCCAUGAAGUAUUUGAGGUGGGCGUUUCCACCCAGCGUUCAUUGGGCUCCCAGGCGGUGGGCUCGCCCUGCACCAAGGCCGUAGCACUGAACGGCACGCCGCGCAACACUGUCUAGACACUGGUGCAAAAAGAGAGGACAGGAACGAUGGAGAAGGGCCAGAGAGCCUGUAGAGGAGAGACUACUAAACUGGGGCUCACCGGAGCGCCAAUCACAAUCCCCCACUGCUCCCAGCACCCAAAGUACUGAGACGGCUUGAGCAGAGAGAGAGAGAGAGAGAGAGAGAGAGAGAGAGAGAGUGUGUGUGUGUGUGUGUGUGUGUGUGUGUGUGUGUGUGUGUGUGUGUGUGUGUGUGAGACGGCACGGGAGCACAGCGGGGUCAGGCUUCUCAAGAUAAAAAUGGAAGGGAAAUUCAAGCAUUCGUUUCAGGUGAAUGCGACGCACCGUGUCGGCCGUGAGGAAGUCCACGAGAGGGAAGAAACUGCACCUGGACAGGACAAGGUUCAGGAUCUUUCUUUGGGAUUUCCUAAAGCGGUCAAAGGCUGUGAUAAUUAGCUGCUGGUCCCUCUAAGUGGACAAUGUGAGGAGGGAAAACAAACCCUCGUUGUAAUCUCUUGCUUAUGGACAAACUGUGACGUCAGUUUGCAGGAUGAACCCGCCCCGGCCACUUCUGUGCUGAUAGAUUAAAAAAAAAAAAAGAAAAAAAAAAGAUGGUGGAUGUGAACUGCUAGUCCUAACCCACACAUGUUCAGAGAUGGCCUUAUGUAGAUGAAGCUUGUCUGCAGUGCAAGCGUUCUCUCACCACCUCACCUCACCUCACCUCACCUCACCUCCCCCCACCCUACCUGAAUGCUGCCCAAAACUCGCUUUUUGGUUUCACUUGUGAAGGGAAAAGGUUUUGUGAGCAGACUGAAAAGGGAUUGUGUUGUCCAUCUAACUUGGUUUUUGUGUGUGUGUGUGUGUGUAUGCAGGUGUAUAUAUAUAUGUAUGUAUGAGUGAGAGUGUGUGUGUGUGUGUGUGUGUGUGGGUGUCAAUGAAGGUUUUGAUUAGAUCCCCGACUGGGACCUUUUGACAGAAAGAGUUGAUGUCCUUCUUCUCCCUAACAGCAGCUUAGCUUAUAAUUAAACUCUUUUUCAAUCAGUGAAAGUAACUCUUCUGUCCGUGCUCCACUGAAAAGCAAACGUUUGUUUGACUUUGUUAGGUUGUAAAAAUUAGUGUGAAAUUUGGAAACAGUCUUUUGUGAAAUAAUUAAAUAAAUGACUCAGAAACUGUAAAAUGAUAAAAAAAAAAAAAAAAAAACCGUCAUGUUUAAAACUUUGUUCUUUGCCACGUAAAGAAAAGAAAUGUAUUCGGUUGAGAUGCAGGACUGACGGGGGGGUCCAUGCUCCACAGUCGCAGUCUGAGACAUUUGAAGAUGAUGAUGAUGAUGAUGAUGAUGAUGAUGAUGAUGAUAUGAACUGGUUGAAACUUGCAUGUUUACAGUUCCAGUCCUGCCCAAAAAUAAUGACCCCAUGUUUUGUAUUUUAGUUUGGCUCAGUAGGAUUCACAAGAACAAAAUGUACCCAUUCCAAGCAUGCAAACAUCGGUAUGCAAAACCACGUGAGAAAAUGAAACUAACCAAGACGAUUAAACGUAAACAAGGAGAGGGGGAGGGGGGGGGGGGGGGAAAUACCAAAUGUCAUUACUUCUGCCAUAACAAUAACCCACAACAUGCCUGUUUGUUUGUAUCAGGAGGGAGAUAAGGUAACUCUGGCUGCAUCUAAAGAUCUGACUCGCGUGUUAUUUUGAUACGUUUGCCGAGUAAAACGUGCAGAUUUUACUCGGCAAAGGUUCUUCUGGUAACUCGGUGAACUUGCUUCUGGAAAGCGUCCGCGAGAUCUUCUCAACCUAGUCGUCAUCAGUCACCUGGAAAUAAACACUUGCACAUCAGAACUGUGAUGAACGAUUGAUUUCAUGUAUUGUGAUGAUGCUAUACUAUGUGAAAUAAAUUUAAAUUUACAUUU